AGAAUCACCCAGCGGAGCUCUCCACCAGGGGGAGAAGGAUGCACAGACCCUGCAGAAACAGCGCGAGUGCAGCCGUGACUGCGAGCGACCUUACCCACGCCCUGCUCGCACUUCCACGCAUGAACCAGAGCCUUGUGGGUAGGCAGCAUCUCCUGCACUGCUACAGAAGAAAGCGGAAGCCCCCGACCAAGCCGUUCCAGGACAAAGUUCCUAGGCACGCGCGCUCUGCCAACUUCAAAGCACAAGGGCGAGCCAGUCAAAAGCUGGAGGCGCUAGGCCCAGCCUCGUACCUGAGGGAGGCGACUCCUCAGCAGACGCCAGACAGAGGUUGUAGCAAAGGCCCCCAGCCCGGAGUUUCGGGCCUGCGCCGACGGCGGCUCCGCCCCCGUCUCCACGGCAACGCGGCCCGCGCCGGAAGCUGCUCUGUCGCGCUUGGUGCGCGCUGUCUUCCCGGAAACAGCUCGGCUUCCUACGGUUUUCUUGGCCUGAAGUUUCUGCGCUUCUGAGAAGCCGGUCACUAGUUACAAGUCCUGCAUGGGACCGGUGUGGGACGGAAAAGUAUCUCUUUUCAUUGCGUGGUGGCUCACGUCGGUAAUCUCCGCAUCAAACAGGCCAAUUAGCCGAAUCUUUAAAGAGAACUUUCAGAACAAAGUAUGAAGUUUCAUACUAAGAACAGUGACACUAGUGGAUGGGUGUCUGAAGACGAAAACCAAGGGGCAGGAGAUAUGACUCACCAGUUAAAAGCACUUUUCAUUCAUCCAGACUCCCAAUACCCACAUGGCGGCUCUUAAAACAGCUGUGAUUCCCAAGUCGCGCUCCUGUUUGACCUAUGUGAAGCAAAACAUUCAUACGCAAAAUUUUUAAAAAGAUUAACCCCAAGAAAUAGGGGUUUUGCCCUUUUACAAAUGGUAAUUUUGUAAUCCAAAGAUUUAAAAGCAGUUAUUGGUAACAGUCAUCUGUGGGAGGCUGAGGCAGGGGGAUCCCUGCAGUUAAAGAAAACCUGGCCUAUUGAGUGAAUUCCAGUACCGUCUGAGCUAGAAUGAGACUCAGAAUGGGCAAGAAAAUAAGUGUUUAAAUCCAGUCUGCUGAAAUGACAAGAUGGCUCAGCAGGUCACUGAGUCCUAGGACCUGAGCUCAAUCUCCAGUAUUCCUAUGGCAAAAGAGAACUUGCUCUCAAAAGUCAUCCUUUGACCUCUAGCCACAAGCCAUGACCAUCCAUGCACACAAAAAAAAAAAAAGAU